GUCAUGAAUCGUGACUGGAACGCCACGGCGAGCAGGCUGGUCGUUCGUCACAACAAGCCUUUCUCACCUGCAUGUUGCCGGGUCCAUGGCCGCUUGCUCAGAACAAAGACGUCCUUGUCGCAAGAGUGUCAAGUGCUGUCCAAGUAACGUUAUCAGCAGAACCAGUCGCAACUCGGCAAACAGAGAAGACUCAUCAUCCUAAUGGGAGGCAACAGCCCUGCAAAUGACGACGAGGGAGAGAACCACAACGCUUCCACGACCAUGGCAUCACCCAAAUUUCCACCGGCAGACAACGUCAUAAGGACCGCCGACGAAAUCGAGAAGCCCCAUGUACACGGGGACAGCGACAGCGACGGACACUCGAUCACGUCCCACAAAGACGGAAAUGGCGUCGCAAUACCCAUUAGUUUACAGCGGACCAUUUCGCGUUUGAGUGGAUCGCGAUCACCUUCACGAACCCCAUCCCGGACCAUCUCUUUGAUCCACGAUGGUAUAGAAACCCGGCACGAGCCUAGUCCGAGCAUUGAUCUUGCCGAAGUCGAGCUUGGCCCAGAGCUUCAGGAAAAGAAGACAACCACGGCACCUGAUCCCUCAGAUCCGAACCUGGUCACAUGGUCCGACCCCGGCGAGAAUCCGAAAAAUUGGCCGUUUGCUCGGAAAUGGGUCGUUGUCUUCAUCACUUCCAUGUUUACUCUGAUGUCGCCCUUGUCGUCAACCAUCAUAGCACCCGCGCUUACGACCAUCGGAAAAGACUUUGGCAUCGACGAUCCCGCCAUACAGUUCCUCACGCUGUCCAUCUUCAUUCUGGGCUUCUCUGUGGGCCCUCUCCUUUGGGGACCCGCAUCUGAGAUAUACGGUCGAGUCAUUGUCUUACAGCUCACCAACGCCGUCUUCUUUGGGUUCAAUCUCGGCUGCGGUCUCUCGCAGAACAAGGAGCAGCUGAUUGUCUUCAGAUUCCUCGCAGGUUUGACUGGCUCGGCCUCUCUUGCUACAGGUGGCGGAGUCAUGGGAGAUUUGUUCGUGGCGGAAGAACGCGGUCGUGCCAUGUCGGUGUACAGCUUGGCCCCCCUUCUCGGCCCUGCGCUCGGUCCUAUCUGCGGUGGAUUCAUUGUGCAGUAUGCGCAAUGGAGAUGGGCGUUUUACGCCACGACCAUUUUCGAUGCGCUGAUCCAGUGUGCCGGGCUCUUUUUAUUGCGUGAGACUUAUGCUCCAGUCUUGCUGGCCUGGAAGAAGAAGAAGCUUGCCAAGGAGACGGGGAAUACGGAGCUGCACACUCCUUUCGAUAGCGUCAAGCGGACAGCGGGGGAGAUCAUCCGCACUGCCAUCAGCAGACCAUUCCGCAUGCUCGCGACCCAGGUCAUUGUUCAGUUUAUGGCGAUGUACCUGAUGUUCUUGUACGGAGUUGUAUACAUCAUGCUGUCCAGUUUCCCGGGGCUCUGGUCCGGGCCCGAACCUGAUGGCUAUGGUAUGAGCAUCAGUAUUGGUGGCCUCAACUAUAUCUCUCUGGGUGUGGGGUUCUGGGCAGGAGCGCAGACUUGCGCACGAUUGCAGGACCGGAUAUACGCAGCCAUGAAGAGGAGGAACGGCGGUGUUGGCGAGCCCGAGUUCCGUGUUUUGAUGAUGGCCCCUGGCGCCGUUCUUACGCCCAUCGGGCUUCUCAUCUAUGGCUGGACAGCAGAGUACAAGACGCACUGGAUCGGACCCAACAUUGGCGCUUUUGUGUUCGGGCUGGGCUCCAUCAUCGGCUUCAACUGCGUGCAGACAUUCCUGGUUGACGUCUACACCAGAUACGCGGCCAGCGCGGUGGGAGCCACGACUGUGCUGAGAGGGCUGGCGGGCUUCGCAUUUCCGUUGUUCGUGCCCAAAAUGUACGCGCGCCUAGGGCUGGGCUUUUCCAACACGGUUCUGGCCGCGUGCGCUGUGGCGAUCGGUUGGCCGGGACCAGUGUUCUUGUGGUUUUAUGGCAAGAAGCUCAGACAGAGGAGUCCAUUUGCGGCUGGAAGCUAGACUAUGUCAAAGUUGAGUGUGGCGGCGCUCAAUACUCGUUGACUCAUGUUAACACGCGAUGUUCUUGAGGGUUCACGACAGCAAUUAAAGUAAAGAGCUCCCAAUGUUCACGUCGGCUGCAACCA